CUGCAUUUGACUGUAUAGCAACAGGGUUCUAGUUAAUGUCAUCUGAGAUUAUUGGGGAGGGGAGCAACGGUCUUUAUGUUACUACAAUUGCUGAGGAUGGGCAUAGUCUGACCAGUGGGUUGUCAUAACAACACUUUGUAGCAGAUGUAUAUAUUUGUGCUGACUCUAUCAUUCGGUUUUAGACAUCUGCAGUUGUUAAUCUCCGAAGUCAUAGUGCUAAGUGAAAAUGAAAUGAAAACGAAGUGAAAAUAUGUCUGGUUUGUGUUUACUGGCGCUCAUCUCCCUGCUCCCUGGAGCGCCUGGUUUUAAAAUCCUGGGGAGUGGAAAAUCAUGGAGUCAUCAGGAGAUCACACAGAGAGCCAUCCUAAAUGUCACUACACAUGCCUGUCGCGCUGUGGCUGAAGCUGAGGGCCGGGGCUUCACUUUUCCUACAUCGUUCACCACAGAAAGCGUACUUGAAGCAUGUGCAGCACGUGAAGCAGGAAGGGCUUAUGGCAGAAACAUAUUUAUCAUUAAAUCCAGAAAUGCAGCAGUGGAUUUAUAUGUACUAUCCUCAAAGCGACAUUUUGAUGAAGAAAAUUUUAUUGAAGGAAAAAAACUAAUCACAGAUGGAUUAGACGCUGUAAAGGCCAGCAUCAAGAAAGAUAAUAUGCUGUCUGCAAGAUUUAAACUUGGAGAAAUAUCACAUACUUUACAGGAUUUCUACAGUCACAGCAACUGGAUUGAAAUUGGAAAUGACAGGCCAAAUUCUAAUGUGAUCAGGAAACUGGAUAGCAUUGGCAAAAUAGCAGACAAAACAAGGGCAACCUGUCGUGACUGUGUUGGAAAUGAUUGCACCAACAAUAUUUUAGAAGAUAUCCUUGAAGAGAAAGUCCUGACAUCAGGGUUUUUCUUCCUUAAUCCAUUCAGAAGCAAGCCACCAGGAAAAUGCAGUCAUGGUGAUUUUCCAGACGUAUCAGCACUGAUGACACCCAAAGGUGGAAUAAACAAGGACACUUUAACUUCGAGUCAUGGACACCUGCACAAUCAGGCUGCUAUGGUCGCUGUAGCAGCCACAUCUGAGCUGUUGGAUGAUGUGCGCAAUGCAGCAGGGGACAAAGAGUUUUUACGGUACAUGGGAGUCAUCCCUGGAAAAGCUUUAUGUUUUGUGAUUGACACAACGGGAAGUAUGGGUGAUGAUAUUGCAGCAGUGAAAGAAGUAACUUCAGAAAUAAUAAACAAAAGAGUUGGAACAAAGAAUGAGCCUUCAUUUUAUAUUCUCGUGCCUUUUAAUGACCCAGAUUUUGGUCCACUUAUAAGAACUACAGAUGCAAAUGAAUUCAAAAAUGCCAUUAAUGCACUGACUCCGAGCGGUGGUGGAGAUGCACCUGAAAUGUCUCUUUCUGGAUUGCAGCUAGCUCUAACAGGUGCCCCCUUUGACUCUGAGAUUUACCUCUUCACUGAUGCUGCAGCAAAAGACUCUCACCUGAAAAGUACAGUGACUGCACUGAUAGAAAGGACAGGCUCUGUGGUCAAUUUUAUGAUAACUAGUUUCUCAAGUUUACGUCGACGUAGAUCAAACAGUGGGAAUCAGCAGGAAAGAGGUGUAGUGUACAAGGACCUGGCUUUUGCUUCAGGAGGAGUAAGACAUUUACGUCAGCGUAGAUCAAACAAUGGAAAUCUGCAGCAGAGAGCUGCUCGACUGGCAGUUACAGAAAGUCAAGUGUACAAGGACCUGGCUGCUGCUUCAGGAGGCCAGGCUGUGGAAGUGACAAAAAAUCAGCUCCUGGAGGCUAUCAAUGCUGUUUUGGAGACUUCAACCUCAAAUGUGGUGACCCUUCUGCAGGUCGUCAGGAACCCAGGAAAGUUAGAAAACUUCACUUUCACAGUGGAUGACACAGUAACAAACCUCACCAUCUACAUAACUGGGACAAACAAGGACUUCACUCUCAUCAGCCCCACAGGUGUGGUUCAGGAGGGCACUGCCACAAAUGGAUCACUCAUCACUUCAACAGUGGCUGUUGGAAACCUCCAAGCUUUAAUGUUGAAAAUAGAAGUGGGAUCAUGGGAAAUUAGGAUGGGUUCAACAAACCCCUACUCUCUGAAGAUCACAGCCAAGACUCCCAUUGACUUUUUCUUCAGCUUUAUGCAGCCAACAGAAGGCCCUUUUGAGGGAUACACUGCGAUUGAAGAUCGUCCAAAAGCAGGAGCUAAUGGCACAAUGACAGUAACACUACUUGGGAGUGACACAGCCAAUGUGACAGAAGUGGAUCUUGUUUACUCAUCCGGGUCUGGACAAGAGAAAGGCACAGUCACUAGUCAGGGCAAUGGAGAAUACUUAGUCCAGUUUGAGACAAUCCCCUACCAGGAGUUUACUGUGGUUGUAAAGGGGCAGAAUGGCAAAAGUUCAACCAGAUCAGUGCACCCACUGACUUUCCAACGACAGUCCACUACCAACACCAGAGCCUCGUCUGUUUUAAUCACUAUUAGUGAAGAAAAUGACGUCAUUGAACCAGGUGCUAUACUGUCUGUGAACUUUACUGUCUCCACCAAUGGUUCAGGAGGAACUUUUAGAAUUAGAGUCACGAACGACCAAAGCUUCAGUGUGUCUUUUCCUGGGACUCUGGAGGUGGAGAGCGGCAGCAGCGCUGUUGGCACACUGCAACUUUCAGUUCCCACGAAUGCAGAGUCUGGUACUGAAGUCACACUGACAAUAGAGGCUCAAGCACCAGAUGGAGACAUCAACUAUGUUGUGUUAACUGCCACUGUCCUGAAAGAGGUCACAGAUGUGUCUCCUCCAGUUUGUGAGCUGCUCAGUUUACAAGACAAUUGCACAGAACUCUGCAGUAACUCCACUUGGCAGCUCUCCAUUCGGCUGAGUGACGGGGUAAAUGGCACUGGUAUUGUCAGAGUGUACCACAGACAAGGCAACGGCACUCUGAACACAACUGUAAAUGCCAAUGACACCCUUGUGUCCUAUGAAGCUUCCUGCUGUUCAUCUGCAGUGGAGAUAGUCGCUGUGGAUGCUGUAGGUAACGUAGGUUCCUGUUCUUUCACAACUCAAGUGGCGAGCAGCGCCAUAGCAACAACAGAACCAACAACUACUACUACUACUACUACUACUACUACUACUACUACUACUCCUACUACUACUACUACUACUACUACUACUACUACUACUACUACUACUACUACUACUACUACUACUACUACUACUACUACUACUACAUUGUCUUUGGCUCCAAAAGUCAGCCAGUCCUUUCUCCUCUGUUUCAUCAUUGCCCUACUUGCUUUUCAACUUAAAUAA